AAACAGAAGCAGUAAACAAAGAGGAAGCGAAACGAGUGCAAAAGAGAGGAUGAACACGAACCCCUUCAGACAUCAGAAUCAUCACCAUGGCGACGAACGCCUGCGUGUCCGACUGCGACAGCUUUGUGGUCUACGACUGCGACAUCGGCACCGACGAUGCCUGGGGCCUGGCAAUGCUUCUGCGCGCGGAGAGCCUACGCAUUGCUGGAAGGAAGAGCUUCAGGGUGGCAGCCGUCACCUGUGUCCAGGGCAACACCAGUGUGGACCAUGGCACACUGAACGCCCUCCGCGUGCUCUCCACUUUGGAUAGGCUGGAUGUGCCCGUCUUUAAGGGUUGCGCCGACCCGAUUGUGCCACGCACUUGGGCACUUAAGUCCCAGUUCCAUGGCGUGGAUGGCCUGGGCGAUGUGGGCGACUAUCCGGCCGUGAAUGCCGACCAACUUCUGUCCGAGGAGCAUGCGGUGAAUGCCAUGUAUCGGCUGGCCUGCCAGCGCCCGGGAAAAGUUGACUUUCUGCUCUGCGGACCCCUCACGAACUUCGCCUGCUGCAUUAAUUUAUAUGGCGAUGCGUUCCUGGACAAGCUGGGCGGCGUCUACAUCAUGGGCGGCAACAUCCUGGGCAAGGGUAACGUCACAAAGAGCGCGGAAUUCAACUUCAUGAUGGACCAGGAGGCGGCGCACGUAGUUCUCGAGCGUCUGAAGCGACCCGCUUUGAUCCUUCCCUGGGAGCCCUGCAUCGAUGGCGAAUUCGGGCUGACCCUCGACUGGCGGCUCAACGUGCUGGGCGCUGUCAAGCAUCCGUUUGUUGAGCUCCUCACCCGCGUCGAGCGAUCGAUGCUGGUGCCGCGCGGCUUUGAGAAGUGGGUCAGCUGCGAUGCUCUGCUCACAGCCGCCUAUCUUUUCCCUCAGCAAAUGAUCGCCGAUGAGCGGGAGUACUACGCCACCGUGGAGCUGUGUGGCGUCCAUACCCGCGGUCAAAUGGUGCUGGAUCAUCUGAGAGGCAGAUGGGUGGACGCCAUCCAUGGCAAGGCGAAGAAUGUUCGUGUGAUCCGUCGCCUCAAUGCAGAACCCUUUCGCACAAUCAUUUCGUAUGCGGCUUUCCUGCCACAAGCGGACAUUGAUAUGGAAAAAUUGUGCAAGGGGGAGCAGCAGCAGCAGCAGCAGCAGCAGCUGCAGCGAUGAGGAGGAGGAUGAGGC